CCGGUGCAAAAUAACGAUUCGAAAGUCUACCAUUGAAGCCAAUAUCGCUGGAAGACUUCAGUACUGCAUCAAACGUUGAUCCGUACAGACGUACACAUCCAAAAAUGAAACUCACUGCUCUCGUGUUGACGCUGUGUGUGGCUGUACAUGCCAAUUCCAAUGGAGGUUCGGAGACCUGUUGCGUUGACAUGGUGCCGAAGCAUCCGGUAGACGCACAGUCUUCACCAUUUGCCAAAACAGGCUAUAAAGUAUCAGUUGAUAAAGAGAAGAUUAGUGAUGGUGGAGAGGCUAAGAUUACCGUCAGUGGUGAACGUCCUUUCAAAGGAUAUUUACUACAGGUUAGGGAUGGAGAGACUGCGAUUGGUACUUUUGAUAUUGCUGCCAAUGAUGGACAUAGUAAAACUAUUAAUUGUUUCACCAAAGAAAAGGACCACCACUUACAAUCUCAUAACACUUUACACAAACACGUUGAUCUAAUGUUAAGACGUUGGUUGGGCAUGCUGAGCCAUUUGCUCAAUCAGCUUCCGUUUCCGGUCGAUUUCAACGAUGUCUUUUUCAGAGGCGAGCCGAAACAUAAUAUGGCGACGCAUAACAAUGCUAAUGACAAAAAAUCCGUGUCCGUUACCUGGAAGCCACCGAAAGGCGUCAAGAAGACUUAUACUGUCUAUGUAACUGUUGCUGAGAAUGGUGGUGUCUUCUGGGUUCGUCAGCCGACUGCCAAAAUUACCGUUGAGUAAUCAAAAACUCGAAAUCACCGCAAUUGGUGUUUUAAAUUAUUUGUUUCUGUCUUCAAACUACACACAUUGUGCACAUAGCUUACUUAACACUGUUUUAUUAUACUAAUUUUAAAGAAGAACAAAUACUCGUUGUCUGUAAUAAUAGUGUUAUGAAUCUUUUGAUAAUGGUGCUUUUGAUUUUUUGUUUAAUAAAUUGACUUGUAAAUAUUGUAAA